UUGGUAACAGUUAGGCAGUGCGAUGAACUGACACUUUUUCUUUGGUUGUCAGCCUCUUCUGUGAACAAUGUCAAGGCAGUCUAUACGUUCUACAUCAUCAGCUACAUCGGAAGUUGGUGGUGUAGUUCCUGCUGUGGAACAUUUACAAGAACUUGCUCGGCGGAUGAGAAGUGAAAGUUUUAACUUCAAGGAUGAUGAUGUCAGUAACAUAGAUGUUGUUGUUGAAGCCAUUCAUGAACUGGAAAAGGAACGUCUCCGCCUUCAUGAGCUACUAGAAACCGAAACCAUUCGGGGCAGUAUCAUAAGACAUAGACUGUUGUUUUACCCAGCUGAAAUUCAGAAAGAAAUAGAUGAGGCUGUCAUCUCUGCCAGGCAGUCCAAUGCUGAGGCUCAACAAAGUCUUCAAGAAAAACUGGAGUCCAUUUACAAAAAUGUGGAAUUUUUAGAAGACAGACAACGCUUGUUGGAAAAAGAAAAUUCUGUGUUGCAUCCUGAGAGAGAACUAAUUCGUCAACGCCAUGAGGAGAUUAUAUCUCAACUCAACCAGAGGAUGGCAGAAAAGGCUAGCAUGCAGAUAACCCUUAAUGAAACCAGAGACAAAGUGAGACAGGCCAACCAGUGUAUCCUGGACUUAGAAGAUGCAAUAAUUCAGCUGAAAGAAGAUUUGAUUCAAGAGAGACAGGAUGCCCGAGAAGAAAAGAAGAGAUUGAAAAAUGCUGUGAAUGACACUAACAGAAAAACAAGAGAUCAGAGGGCGGGCAAUUUUGAGAAAAAGAAGGAAUUAGAUGCCCUGAAGGAAGAAAUGGUGGACAGUGAAGGAAAUCUCAACGUGCUGAAAAAGAGUAUAAAACGUCUUGAAGUUUCACGAGGUAAACUGGUGGACAAAGAAAAGAAGGCAACACAUCAUUUAAAAGAGGAGAUCAAGGAGAACGAGACAUUUGUAUUAAGAGGGAUUGCCAUCAGAGAAGAAAUACAGAAGGAAACAGAUGAGUUUGAGUCUCAGAAAACUGCGCUGGAGAAGGAAAUAGCAAGACUUGACAGUGAAAUUACCAGACACACUAAGCGAAGUUCUCUCAUUGAGGACCAGCAUGCUCAGCUAGCAGCUGAGUUGGCAACUAAAAUUACUCUUGAGAACAGAAACAAAGUACGAGUAAAAGAACUGGACAAAUUGUUACAGACAGCAAAGGAAGCUCAGUCUAACAAAGCUGAGGAGGUGGGUAGGCUGGAGAAUGAGAACAAGAACCUGCGGCAAAACCUAGACGAAUUCAAGGAGACGCAUAAAGUUGCUAUAGCACAACUGAACAUGCAGAUAGAGGAACACAGGGACAGACUUGGUAAAGAGAGGAAAGACAGGAUGGAGCUACAGUCACAGCGUGACUCAGUACAAAAAGACUUGGAGGAAAUCAAACAAGGCAGUCAGAAAUUUAUGACAGAGAUUAAUAAGAAAAUAAAUGAGGGCAAGACAAAACAUCAGGAACUGUCAAAAGAGGGCACUCACCUGCAGAAGCAGCUGAGGGAGGAUGAUGCAAUCAUUCGCCAACUUGAGCAGCAGUUGGUCAGUGCUCAGAAACAGUAUGCGGUAAACAGUACUGCGAAAAAGGAGAAGUUGGCUACCAUUGAGAAAGAAAUUGCUGAAAUGGAGAAAGCUCUGGAGGCAAAGAAGUUGGAGUUGUCAACACGAACCCCAGCCUUUCAAAAACUGGAGAUUUUGUUUGAAGAAAAGUCAAAUUCUUAUGACAUUAUGAAGAAAGGCAUUGUCAAGACAAAGAACCAGAAGAGUGGUCUGGAGGAUGCUAUCAAACGGGCACGGGCUGACAAGGAAAAGAUAACUGCUCCACAGGAGGAAAUGAAGGAAGUGCUCAAAGAGAAGAGGAAGACCUCGAUUGCUCAGCUCAAAUCACAUGCAGAGGAAACCAGAGAUGUGGAACAGGAAAUCUUUGUUGCUAGUUGCAAACUCAAGACUGUUCAGGAUGAAAAUCUCAAGUUUGAACAGCAUAUCCAGAAGCUUCAUGAGGGGAUAGUUAGUUUGAGUUCACAGAAAAAAGAAAAUGCAGACCUCAAAGUCAUUCUUCAUCAAGAACUGGAGAAGUUGAAAGAGGAACUCAUCCGUGGCUGGAAGGACGACGGAGAAAUGGAAAAGUUUUUUGCGAGACGAGAUGAAGCUGUUGUAGAAGAGUUAGCCGAGGUUUUAAAGAAAACAGAGAGGAGAGAGAUGAAGGUAGCAGACAUUUCCAGUCAGCUGCAGUCAGAGCUUAUUGUGUUGGGGGAGUUCUUAGAUAAUGUCUCAAGGCGACGCCCUCUUGAAAAGAAAAAGAAGAUGAAGAAGACACCCGAGAAGGUAAACGCCCCCAGGUACAACAAGUGGAUUCCAUUAAAACAGUUAAACAAGUGAAUACCACUCAAGAACCACCAACCACCAACUAACAAUGAUGAAUGACACAAACAAGUUGUCUCCCUUGACAAUCAUCACUGUCCUGCUAGCAGGCUAUUGG